AUGAACAACUCAGAUAAAGAACCAGAAGCGAAGAAACGUAAAGUGGUUAACGAUGAAUUUUCAGAAUUGAAAAAGAUAUUCUUUCGACUUAACACCUUUUAUACGUUUCUAAUUACCCGAAAUCACAUUAUAACAACGUUUGACACCUUGAAACCGCCUAUUGAAAAGGCUAUUCGCAGGCCAUUGACAGAGCAAGACCUUGCUCAAAUAUGUGUUAUUAUGCCUGGAGAUACAGUAUUCAAGUAUAUGGAUAGAAACCAGUUCCAAGUAGAGAAAAAGGAGUUUGAUUUUAAACAUGGUGGCUUUAAACAGAAAGAUAACGACAUAUUUGAACUUAAACCCCAAGAUCAAGAUGAAGAGAAUGACUCACACGAUGACCAGGUGCUUGUGUUCCAGUUCAAGGAUGGUAAUAUGAUGAACACAUGGAAGAAAAAACUUUUUAAAACAGACAUGAAUGCACCUGACUUCACUACAGAUGCGAUGAAGAAGAUGAUUGCGAAACGAAAAAUGAACUUUGAAGCUGGUCUUAGUAGAUUCAUAUUCAAUUGCCAAUUGGAAGGUAAAAACCCAAAAAAUGAAUUACAACGGCUAUCUUUGGCUUAUACACCGCAAAAGAAGGAUUUUAUGGAUCCCAUUGAAUUGAUGUUGAAAGCGAAAGGGUCGAACUCAAAAAAUGACACAGUUACUAAUGAAGCCGGAGAUACUAGACCCACCAUCCCAAUACUAUUGGAAAAAAUUAAGAAUUCAAAUAUAUAUAAUGAUCAGAUUAAGAAUUCUUACAUUAUUCCGGAAAGGUUAGCUCAAUAUGGUGAGUUAGAAUUUGAACUUUCUCCAGAGGUUUACCAAGCACUUGAACACUCACGUUUUUACAUUCACCAAGCUGCUGCGAUAAACAGAAUCCAUAAUAAAGAGAAUGUUAUUAUUACAACCUCGACAUCUUCAGGUAAGUCCUUAAUUUAUCAGCUUUCAGCAAUUGAUAUGCUUCUAAAAGACCCACAAUCGACUUUUAUGUAUAUUUUUCCUACAAAGGCUUUGGCACAAGAUCAAAAAAGAUCAUUUCAAAAGCUUUUAUCAAGGAUACCAGAAUUAUCACAUGUAGUCGUGGAAACUUAUGAUGGAGAUACCGAGCAAGAGGCUAGAGCUGGUAUAAGAAUCGGUGCUAGAGUAAUAUUUACCAACCCUGAUAUGAUUCACACCAGUAUUUUACCAAAUCAUCCAAACUGGAGGAUGUUUCUAGAGAAUUUGAGAUAUGUUGUUGUCGAUGAAUUGCACAUUUAUAAGGGGUUUUUUGGAUCCCAUGUAGCAUUGGUAAUGAGGAGGCUUCUAAGGCUUGUAAAAGGUUUUUAUAAAAAUGAGGGUCUUCAGUUUAUUUCAUGUUCUGCUACUUUGAAGAACCCUAUACAACAUAUGAAAGAUAUAUUUGGUAUUGAAAAUGUUUCAUUGAUCGAUGAAGAUGGUUCUCCGAGAGGCAAUAAGCAUCUUGUGGUUUGGAAUCCACCUACAUUGUCUCAGCACGAAAGAAAAAGAGAAAAUUUUAUAGCUGAAAGUGCUAAAAUUCUAGUCCAAUUAAUUAUUCAGAACGUUCGUACCAUUGCUUUCUGCUAUGUCCGUAGAGUUUGUGAAUUAUUAAUGAAAGAGGUCAGACUUUUACUUCAAGAAAUGGGAAAGCUGGAAUUGAUAAAUGAAGUGAUGUCGUAUAGAGGUGGAUACUCUGCGAGUGAUAGACGUAAAAUUGAACAAGAAAUGUUCCAUGGAAAUUUACGCGCUGUUGUUUCAACAAAUGCAUUAGAGUUAGGUAUUGAUAUCGGAGGAUUAGAUGCAGUUUUGAUGUGUGGUUUCCCAUUAUCUUUAGCUAACUUUCAUCAACAAUCUGGUAGAGCAGGUAGAAGAAAUAAAGACUCUUUGACUCUAGUUGUAGCUAGUGACUCUCCGGUUGAUCAACAUUAUGUUUCACAUUCAGAUGUGUUAUUGGAAAUUGAUAAUCCAGAUGCAUACCAGGAUCUUGUUUUAGAUUUUGAUAACAUGUUGAUGUUCGAAAGUCAUAUACAAUGUGCAGCCUUCGAGCUUCCUAUUGAUAUAGAACGAGACUGCAAGUAUUUCGACAUAAAAAAACUUACAACCAUUUGUGAAACAAGAUUACAACAUGAUAAAAAUGGAUAUCACGCAAAUGAUAGGUUUUUGCCCUGGCCAUCUGCAUUAAUAUCAUUACGAGGUUCAGAAGAGGAUAUUUUUGCAGUUGUUGAUAUUACAAAUGGAAGAAAUGUCAUAAUGGAAGAGGUAGAAGCGUCUCGUACUAGUUUCACUCUAUAUGAUGGAGGGAUUUUUAUCCAUCAAGGGUAUCCAUACUUGGUAAAAGAAUUCAACCCAGAUGAAAAGUACGCAAAGGUGCAAAGAGUUGAUGUUGACUGGACUACAAGCCAAAGGGAUUUUACAGAUGUUGACCCUGAAGAAAUUGAACAAAUUCGUUCGAUGCAAAAUAGUGAUGUGCCAGUUUAUUAUGGAAAAAUCAAAACAACCAUUAUCGUAUUUGGAUUCUUUAAGAUUGAUAAACAAGGAAGGAUAUUAGAUGCUGUUGAGACACAUAACCCACCAGUGGUCAUCAACUCUAAAGGACUCUGGAUUGAUAUUCCUAGAAGAGCGCUUGAAUUGAUACAGGGUAAAUCUUUGAAUAUUGCAGGUGGUAUUCAUGCAGCCCAGCAUGCGAUUUUAGGUCUUCUACCAAGGUUUAUAGUUACAGGAGUUGAUGAAAUAUCUACUGAAUGUAAAGCUCCCGAAAAGGAAUUUGCAGAACGCCAAAGUUCUAGAAAGAGACCGGCAAGGUUGGUUUUUUACGAUUCAAAAGGUGGAAACCAGGGGUCGGGACUUUGCUUGAAGAGUUUCGAGCAUAUCGAAGAGAUUCUUAUUGGUGCACUUCAACGUGUUGAAGAGUGUCCGUGUGAUGAUGGCUGUCCAGAGUGUGUUGCUGCCGCAUUCUGUAAAGAGAACAGUCUAGUCCUUUCUAAACCAGCCUCUCUAAUUAUUCUUCACUGUAUUUUGGGGCAUAAGAAGAGCUCGUUCAUAUCCAGAAUCAGAGAGGGACCAGAACCUAAUAUGCCCGAUAUUAAAGUAGAAACUGUUGUUCCAGUUUCUGGACACAUAAAAUUCUCCAAAGACUUACAAAUUAUAGAUGUAAGAAAGAUUACAGAUGGUGAGGAAAAAGUGGUUGAAAUAAAAGAGGAAGAAUACCCUGAAGAGAAUAAUGGUCUUGGGCAUAAUACCGGUUCGGAAUGA